UGUAACUAAUCACUUUGCAACUAAUAUUCCGUGGCUACUUUCAGCGCAAUUAUAACAUCAGUUAUAAAGUUGAAUAAAUGUUAAAAUUAUUGUAUUAGAUCCAAAAUAUGAUCUACGUGGGUGGCAUUGUUCGUGUGUGAUGUGGAUCAAUGAAUAAGAGUUUUGCGAAUGUUUUUUCUAAAUUUACACUCCGUGCGUUCACCUAAGUAGGUACCUACCUACAUAAAGUGUAACACUUUUCUUAGUGAUCAUUAGUAUGCCGAUCCUUAUUUCGGAUUCGAAUUUCGGAUUAUAAAAAAAACUGAAUGUGUGCUUUCUACAUUUUAUUGUAUGUCCAUAAAGAUGAACCGGGGUGUUCGCGUGGAGGCGACGCCGCCGGAGUGCGCGCUGGCCGCAGAGAUGUUCGACCACUUCUGCGCAGCUGGCACCAUGAAGCAGAUCCUGGCCCUACACCGCGAGAUCUGCAACACGCUCACACUGCGCCCCAACAGACUGCCCGAUUUCUACCCGAAACUAAAGGCCAAGUUAGCGAGCUCGUGGAAAGCGCAGGCGCUAUUCAAGAAAUUCGACGCUCGGGCCAACCACAAAGUUUACUCGAAGGGGCGCGCUUGCACCGCGACCAGGGCCCUCAUCAUCGGCGCGGGGCCUUGCGGUUUGCGGGCCGCGAUCGAGUGCCAGUUGCUGGGUGCCAAAGUGGUGGUGAUCGAGAAACGCGACCGCAUGUCCAGGAACAACGUGCUUCACUUGUGGCCAUUUGUGAUACAAGACCUCCGCGCGCUCGGCGCCAAAAAGUUCUUCGGGAAGUUCUGCGCUGGCUCCAUAGACCACAUCAGCAUCAGACAACUGCAGUGUAUCCUGCUUAAGGUGGCGCUGUUGUUGGGGGUGGAGUUUCACGAGGGUGUCAGUUUUGAAGAACUGUUGGAACCGACGGACUCUGAGAAUUCUGAAACUUUAGGCUGGCGCGCGCGCGUCACUCCGUUGGAUCAUCCAGUUUCUCAAUACGAAUUCGAUACUCUGCUCGGUGCGGACGGCAAGAGGAACACUCUGCAGGGCUUCAAGAGGAAGGAGUUCCGCGGGAAACUGGCCAUGGCCAUCACGGCCAACUUCAUCAAUCGCCACACCGAGCAAGAAGCUUCGGUCCCAGAGAUAAGCGGUGUGGCGUUCAUAUUCAACCAGAAAUUCUUCAAGGAGCUAUACGAGAAUACAGGAAUCGACCUCGAGAACAUUGUGUAUUACAAAGACGACACGCACUACUUCGUCAUGACUGCAAAGAAGCACAGCCUUCUGGAUAAAGGCGUGCUUCUGAACGACUAUUCGGAAGUGUCGCGUCUGCUCAGCGUGGAGAACGUGGACCGGGCGGCGCUGAUGAAAUACGCGCAGGAGGCGGCGCGGUUCUCGACGUGCGGCCGGCUGCCGCUGCGGCACUUCGCGCUCAACCACUACGGGGAGCCCGACGUGGCACUCUUCGACUUCACAUCCAUGUACGCUGCCGAGAACGCCAGCAUUGUAUACGAGCGUCUCGGGCGGCGGCUGCUGUGCCAGCUGGUGGGGGACAGUCUGCUGGAGCCGUUCUGGCCCACGGGGUCGGGCUGCGCGCGCGGGUUCCUGUCCGCGCUGGACGCCGCGUGGGCGGUCCGCGCGUGGGGGCAGAGCCCCGCGCCCCACCCCCUCGAGGUCAUCGCCGAACGGGAGUCCAUUUACAGGCUACUCGCUCAAACGACACCGGAGAACCUUCACCGGGACUUCGGCGCGUACACGCUGGACCCCGGCACCCGGUACCCGAAUCUCAACCGGACCGCGGUGACGCCCCACCGGGUCACCGGGUUCUACGACUCUGAUGACCCGCUGCCACUAGACGCCAAGCCUUCAGCUAAGAAGAGAAGAAGGGAAACGGAAAUAUCGGAGGACGUGCUAAUAAAGUGGGUGGGGUGGUCGGAGGGGGGGCUGCGGGCGGCGGCGAGCGGGCCCGCGCUGGCGGCCGCUGUGCGCCGCUACCGGCCCGACCUGCUGCCGGACGAGGCCCCGCCGGCCGCCGUCUACCACAGUCUGCACGGCUUGGGUAUUCCCCUCCCGCCGGGGGACUCGUUGCGCGACGUGCCCGACGCCAAGGUAAAGAUGUACCUGUCUCGGGUGUACAACUUCUUCAAGGGAGAAGUGCCCCAUGUCCAGCACGACGACACCAACGUCUUCGAUCAGAUCAAAGAGUCUCUCCAGAAUGAGAAACGUAUGCGAAAUUCGACCGACCACUCUCUUUCUGUAUACUCGAACGCGGCCGACGCUGACAAAUCGCACUCGAACAAGAAGAAGCGGCGCAGCAAUCUCCGCCAAGUAAGUACCGAGCCCGCCGAGCUCCUCCGGCGCCGUAUCGGCCGCCUCCAGCUCGACGACGUCACCGCCCUCGCCGGCCUCCUCCAAUCACACGACACCGUCUCAGACCAAGCGCGGACAGACAAACAACGCGAUAUACAACAACAAAUCCUCGCCCUCCUCGACCCCGACGAAUCCCCCGACCCGACCGCCCUAAGACAAUCCCUAGCUCAACUCCUGCAAGGAGGCAACACCACAGUGAACGCCACUUCCCAAAUCGCCAACUAUUUCCGAGGCGAGGAAAAACCAAAAUCGCGCAAACUCAAAGGGUUGGACGUCUCUUCGAUCAAAAUACCAGACUUUUCAGAUUUCUCAGACAUGCCGGAAGAGAAGCCUGUCAGACCGCCGCGGAAACUGAAAGGGUUGGAUCCGGCCACUUUGAAGGUCCCAGACUUUUCAGACUUGUUCCAGGACGACUCGGCCGACACUGACGCUACUCUUGUCACAGAGACUAGUGCACCCAGUAAAACACAGGCCAAGUCCGCCAGCGCCAGUCCUAAAAAGAAACACUUUGUUCGCUCCUCCUCCACUGAAGGCCCUUUUCCUCAAAAAGGAAGACGUGUCUCCGACGUAUUGGACCUCCAAAAGAGGAGACAUUCACAGAGUCCCGUAGCCUACCCGUUCGCCCGCUCUAAUUCACUCGAUUCGCCAGAAAUCGCUCCGAACACGAAACGGAUAGCUCAGUUGUUCGAAAAUCACAAAAGUAGGCAUACCCCCAGUCCCGAAUCGCGAACUUUACGAUCCGGCUCCGUUGGAAAUCCAGAAAUGGCUUUACGAAUGCAACGCAUGGCUGAAAUCAUAGAGGGUAAACGCCGAAGCACGCCCAGCCCGGACAGAGCGAAGCGGUCCGAAUCGAUCGGCAACCCCGAGAUGGCGUUGCGGAAACAAAGAGUCGUGGAUUUGAUGAAGGGGCAAAAGCCUAAAGAGCUAGAGCCGUUUCAGAGAAAGAACUCGGGAGAUGCAAAUUCGAACAUGGCGUUUAGAAUGCAGCGGGUCUCUGAAAUGAUCCAGAAGAAAAACGCCGAAGCGAAGAGAGCGAAGGGUGGCGGGAGGAGGCGGGCUGCGCGGGACCUGAUGCGGCAGAGGUUCGAGAAGAGUUUGCAGAUGCUGGCGUCGGAGCCGCGGCCCGAGCUGCCGGCCGCCGACCUGGAGCACGACUACGGCCUGCAGCAGUACCGCGCCAGCGCACCGCACUUCGGCGAGCGCGUGCGCAACCUUGAGAAACAACUGCAGCACUAUGAGGAGGGGCGUAUCGUGGGUGUGGGGGCGCGGGCGGCGGGCGGAGGGGUGAGAGUCGCGAAAUUGGCUGCUGAGCUGGCCGGGUCUUCCACCACCACCGCCGCGCCUAAAUCUUCCAAGCCUAAGGACCUGAUGAGAUCCGUGGGCAAGAUCGAGCGCGACGACUGGAAUGUAAAGGAGAUAGAGAGGAAGAUAAUGGAGAACAGACUCGGCAGACCCGAACCCAAGACCGCGGAGAAGGUGCCCAAGUGGGACCGGGAACAGUUCUUGGGGCGACAGAGAAGGUUGCGUGAGGGUGACGCCGGCGACGAGAAGUGGUGCGACAUCGACGUGACCCUGAACAAGCUGGAGCAGAAGCUGAGGGACUCGGGCCGCCCCGACCACGGCACCAAUAAGGUCGCCAAUUUAGCCAACAAGUUUGUAAAGAAAGACGACACAGAUCACGCCGCGAAGUCUGUGCCCAAGGAGGAGCAGUUAAAGAAGAGUUGGCGCGGGCCGUCGUUCGCCGGCAUGCAGUGCGCCGCGUGCGGCACCCGCGUGUUCGCCGCCGAGGGCGUCACAGCCGACGGGCUGCAUCUGCACCGCGCCUGCUUCCGCUGCGCCGUCUGCAAGGCUGUGCUCAGACCCGGUAAUUACACGAUGGAGCGGUACGGAAGCCGCUUAGUUUGCCUCCGCCACUCCGGGGUCAAUGUGCCGGACGCGGUGGCCGCCCCCCCGCCCCUCACCGCCACCCCCGAGAGGAUCAGCCUGGAGCUGUCCGACAGCGGUGCGAGGGAGAUAGAUGAGGAUGAAUGGACCGACAGGAACUUCUUGGCUUCGGAGACUUCUUGUGCUGGCUUGAGUGACGACGAGGAGUCCAGCUCUGACGAGUACACGGACGCCGGCGACAGCGGCGACGAGGCGCGCCAGUCGCCGCUGCCGGCGCCGGCGCAGCAGCCCAGCCACGACAUGUACUUCUCAGACGAUUCCUUCGGAUACGAUGACUACUCAGACACAGGCGCGGAGUCGUCGGGCAACGAGUCGUGUUCGCGCAUGCGCGAGGCGCGCGAGGCGCGGCGGCGCGAGGUGCCCGCCGACCAGCGGCCGCCCACCGACAGCAGCGAGGUGGAGUCGGAAGACGAAAGUUCAUCGAGCUCGGUGUCGUCCGCCACUGAGGUGUCGACGGACAGCGAGUUCGCGGAGGAGCCCCCCGCGCCCUCGCCCCCCGCCAUCCUGGUGACGGAGCCCCCCCCGCCCGCGGAGUACCCCCUCAGCCGCGCGCGCUCCGCCGGCGGGCUGGCCACCAAGCGGGCGCUGGAGCUCAAGCGGCGCUAUCUGCUCGGCGAGCCCUCCCCGCCCACCGUCAGGAAAUCAGACUCUACCUCGCAACUCGACACCAAACUUGAAGCUUUCCGCUCGAACAUUACAGAGUUUCAGAAAAUGCUCCACCCCGCACCCACCCCUACUAUACAUGUUCAAAAACCAGUCGUCACCUUCCAACUCGCAGAGGAAAAGAAAACACAACCGAUGCCCGAUAUAAUUAAAAACCUCUGCGAUGCCCCAGUCGACUUGCUCACCAAAGGUGAUUCCCCGCUCUGCAAGCCAGACUGGAAAGAACCUUCGGAGGAGACAAAAGAAGAACCAGAUUUGGAUUCGGACUCCUUGUCUGAAGACGAAUCGUCGCACACCGAGACCGCGCCGAACCAAUCCGUGCCGAGAGUAGAAGUUCACGAUGAAGGUGGUGAAUUGAUACAACUCGAUAGUCUGAUGUUGAUCAACAGCUCGGAAGCUGACGAGAAAGCGUCAGGCACGGCGACGGCCACGACGACCACGGCGCCCACUGUGGUCGCCGCCGAUUCGGAGUCGUCGGAGUCGGGACGCGACGCGACCACCUUGGCGCUGACAGAAACUGAGCUGUCAGACUGGGCGGCCGAGAGCGGCGUCCUCGAAGACUGCGGCCUCGAUGAUAAAGACGAAAGACGACGCACCGCGCCCAGAACACUCAGCGGACCAAAAAGCGUCCACGACGCGAAAAAUAUAUCCGCCAUCACCUCCCACGUGUGUGGCCGCACUAGUCCUGAACCAGUUGUGUACUCAAACGCAUUCGAUAACUUUGAAUUCGCCGACGAAGGUGAACAGGACCCAUCUAUCGAAACCCCAACAACGCCCCGCAACGAGGGCUACAUGGAAUUUGUUGACGAGGAUUACGAUGCCUACUCUCCAAGCAACGAUAGAUCCAUGAAUUUUAUUGAAAGCAGCUUUUCUGAGACUGUCCUUAAGCCCAUCAGCCAGGAGGUCAGUAGUCAUGAAAUUGCUGAUAUAACCGCUGUAAGUCCCGUCGAGCUGUCUGAUCCUGUCGAACCGGAAGAUUCUAAAAGCGCCACCGCUGAGCAGGAUAUUCCCGACGAGGCAUACGUCAUGUCCGAGGAAUUGAAGUCACCUCAGUUGCUGAAAACAAUCGAGAACGUAUCUAUCGAAUCGAGUAGCGAGAGUGCAAAAAACAAAACUGUAGUAACAAACGAAAAUAAAGAACUACCUGCAGUCGAGAGUAAGAUAGAGUCGUUAAGUCUAUCCGACUUAUCCCCGCCUUUAGAAAAAGAUAGUUCAUAUACGGAUGUGAAAUCGGUAACGAAAACUGAGACACCGAUAGUAGACCAGACGUCGCCUCACCGAGGGCCGUUGACACCGAAUACUCUUAUCAAAUAUAACAUCUAUUAUAAAAACCCUCCGGACGCUUUUACGGGGCCAACGUCGAUCAGACUAUAUUCGCCGGCCAUCUGCCGCUCGGCGAGCGAGAACUUCACAAGGUCUAACUCGAGAAGUACGGACUCGCCGUCGCGGAGUAUGGAGCUAUCGAUCUCGAUCAACUUGAGCUCCGGCUCGAUGUCGCCCGUCAGUCCGACGCCGCUCCGCGAUACCAUAGACAAAGUGCAGGAGAUAAAGAAAGAAAGAGAGGAACAGACUGAAGUCGUUCGCAAGCUAGUGCUCGAGCGGCUGGGAAGUGCGCCGAGGAAGUCUUCCCGACGAAUAAGGAUUUCAACGUCUACCUCAGUCCCGCCCCCCGUUCCGCCUCCCCCCGCGAUACUGAAUAUACCGCCUCCCGUCCCCCCUCCAUGCAUACCCCCGCCCCCGCCGCGGCCCGCGCCCCCCCGCAUGCCGUUGCCCGUCACGCCGUCCCUGUCUGACCCGGAGCUGGCGAGGGAAAGGAGAAGCAAAAGCAUCAUGAAGAGCAUAUCCAGUUAUCUCAAUAGGCGGCUCGGACCACAACAGAAGUGGCGAUCGGAGCCGGCCCUGCCGACGCACGAGCCGGCGCGGGCGCAGCGCAUGACUUGUGUGCACAAGUCGACCGGGGCGCUACAGGACCCUCCCCCCGUGCCUCCCCCGCCUGCCGGGUACUACCCGCCCGCCGCCACCUCACUGCAAACCAAAGUACCUGGUCCCUCUCGUGGCGUCAUGGACGAGCGUUACCCCGCGCAGAUGCGUGUGGCGGCGCCGCGCUGGCCGCAAGAGGAGCCCAGCGCCCUGCGGGUCGCCAGGAUCGAGAGGCGACUGCGGCGACCUCUGUCUGCGGAGCAACAAGCGGCGUUCGUAGCGGAGCUGGUGCAGGUGCGUGCGCAGAGGACGGCGCACACGGCUCUGCUCGCCGACAACAGAAGGCGCACGGCCGGCGGUAGACUCGGGGAUUAACCGAAACAUCUUCCUCGUAAACUUCUAACCGAGCUUCACACGUAAUCGACUGUCUUAUACCACAAACAGAAGCACACCAAUCCAAACUUGUAUGUUCGAGUUACAUUGCGUGCUCAGACAACUCUUCAUAGACACAUAUAGUUGUCAGCACGCAAUGUAACGGGAACCGCAAUCACCUCAGUAUGUCACCUAUUUAAUAGUACCUAACUGAGUGAAUUCGCAACUAGUGGCGAAGGGGUGGUAAAGGUUAACCUCCAAAGAAAAAACACAAUCGUGAAGUUUUCUUUAGAAAUAAAAUUGCUACACUAGCGCCCCUAGCGGCUAAUUCAUUAACCUUAUCGUACAGUAAUCAUUCGGCUUCAUGGCAAAAAUUGUCAUGUUCUCCAUGUUCAAGUUAUGUCUAUCGUUCUAUUAUUUAACUUAUAAGAGUAAAUAAAUUACUUAGUGAGGUAAUUGACCGAAUUAGGGUGCUACCAUGAAACAUAAAACACGUACCUAGCGCGUCAUUACCACACGUUCUCACAUAUUUUACACGUUACGUAAAAGAUACAGCAACGUGUGUUAGUAGCGUGAUACGUGUUUAUAUGUUCCGCGGUAGCCGUUCAGGACCAGACUCGAUGGGAUACGAGUUUGAGUUUCACACCACAGAAAUAAAGGUAUCCGCUUAUGAAGCAAAAUUAAAAUAUUUUGAUACUUGCAAUUAGUUGAUACUAUGUUGGUGGCUACAUCGACAGUCAAGCUUUAAUGUCACUUGAUUUUUUUUCUUUUUUUAUUAGUACACUUUAUAUGAAUCUAGACUUUAUCUCCAUCGCAAUAGAGUUGUGAUCGGUCUGGCAUAGUAGCCUAUAUCUUAAUGUUAUUGAAAUCUAAUCUAAAAUUAAGUAGUACAUUUUGUAUGUAAUCUUUUAUUUACAUCCUUAGUUUUAAAUAGAGAAAUGGCUCGAUUGUAUUGGUUUGUAGAUUAAAAUCAUUAUUAUUUUCACUAUUAUAUAAAUUUAUAUACUUUUAUAUAUGUUACAUCGAAACCCUGAAAUGUCGUGUAAAAUUAGGUGCAGUCACAUUUCAGAGUUUACCGUUCACAUGUAAAUAUUUACGAAUUUCGAUUGUUUGUUUUGAUAUGCAAUCACAAAAUCAUUUAUUACCGUGGAUUGUAACGUAGCGUCUCUAUUUAAUACUAAUCGAUCACUAUGUGUAAUAAAGCUUUACUUUAUAGUUUAAUUUGGCCUCAGUGCCGUUGUUCGUCACAAAAACGUAUUCGUCCGGAUACGGACAAUUCCCCUCAUUGGGCAAACGGUGUGCUAGAUAUGCCAAAAGUUACAUAUUUAUAAUGUAUAGUUAUAUGUGCUGCUGUAAAUGUAUAGAGAUUUAAACAUAACGCCUUGUGGCUUAUAUUGUAAUGCUGCACGUUUUAAUUGAUAAAUAUUUUGCCGUCGUAUGUGAGUUGUGGUUGUAUCAGACGAGCUACAAGUCUGGUUAUAAAGAGUAGAAUACAAUGGGCGCUGUGUCCUCUUGGCUGACAACGCUGGGCGGUCAUCAAUGAGCAUUCUAUUCGGACAUAGUCAUAGAAAAGUUUAUUUGUGUUGCCACAAAUAACAACGUAAGAAACGAAUAAAAAACUUAGUGUGCGUAGCUUUCGACACGUUAGUACAGAAACCACGAUUUGGUGUUGCAAUAGCAAAAAAUCGUUUUCUACUCUUUAAACUUAAACUGUAAUGCUCAUUCUAUCCCACUCUGUAUAACCGUACCGUCAACUUAGUUGACGACUUAAAAAUCUCGUGUAAUUUUAAUUAGUUGAGUCAAAUAAUUAUACUGAAAAGUAAUUUUAAACGAGAUUUUUAGUAAUCGCGCUGUACUGUCUCCUUACAAGAUGUGUAAACGAAGUGAUCAAUGUGAAAUUGACAAUUAGGCGUUUUGUACAUAAGUGUUCAAUGUAAUAUAAAGCAUCUGUCUCAAAAUAUCGACUUUCAGGUUAGAAUGAACUCAGUAGUGAUCGGAAAUAAUUUCGACAUUGGUUAUUAAUAGCGGUAGCUCUGUUGUUAGUUCGGUUAACCGUACUAGUGCAACUUUUGAAUAAAAGUGAGGAAAUAUUGCUUUAAAAACAUUAUUAACUCAAUAAAUACAAAUUUUAUUCUUGUAUUAUCCUUCAUUAAACUUUCGAUUCGGCGGCCUGUGACGUCACGCGCUUCCAAUUUAGCCAACGAGUGCGCUGUAUAUUUCUUAUCAUAUAAAAUGUACAUUUAUUUUUUGUAUGGGACGAGUAGGUUAGUUAACAAAAUUAGUAGCGUGUUGACUGCAAUCGUGAUCUAGCUUUUACACGAAGCUUACAUUAAAUGAUGUGGGUAUAUUGUGGUGGGUGUAUUACGUGUUAUAAUUUAUGAAAAAUUAUACUCUGUGUAAUCAUUUUGUAUAAUAGGUAUAAAAAACAGUUUGGUUACAGAUUGCGUUCGCUUAUUCGAUCAAUAGUUUAAAUUGGGUGUUUAUGAUAAAUUUUAAAAAGUUUAUUUGUUUGUAAUAACUUACAUUGUACAAAAACAAGUACAUAAAUUCUAGCUAACACAAUAAUCCCAUAUAGGAAAUAAUGUUCAUUGUCAAUUCGUUUGACACAUUCAGACGAAGCCAGUGAAAGCCAGCGCUGGCCGCCACUGGUUCGGUUUGGAUAUACAGUGAGAAUGUUGUCAACACGCCCCUAUGUCGGGCGAGUAGAAAGAUAGCUUUGUCCAUAUUUACCAAACAAGCGCUUUCUUACCCCCCUAGAUUAAUGCCAUUAUCAAUAGAUAAAUAUUUAUAGAUAUUUUCGCUACACGUUUAACGAAUACGACGACCUCUGUAGCCUAAUGGUCAUCACGCCGGACUACACUGGAGGUCCCGGGUUCUAUCCCCGGUUAGGUCAAGAUGGAAAAUGAUAUUUUUCAGAUUGACCUAAGUCUUACAUGUUUAUCUAUAUAUUGUGUUAUAAAACAUAGUAUCGUUGUAUCCCAUAACACAAGUCUCGAACUUUGGUUGGGGCUAACUAUAUAUAUAUAUAUAUAUAUAUAUAUAUAUAUAUAUAUUAUCUAUUAUUGAACAAUGUAUAGUUUCAACGAACGUCCUUAUGGUUCAGUUUAUUUUUUAAUCAUCACAUAUGGGAAAUGUCAUUGAUUGGAGAGCUCGCUUCAGUCUAUUCAAUAUUGACGUGAAUACUUACCAAGAUAAAUAAUUCUCCAUUUCUUAUUAAAACUUUCAGUAUAGGUUUAAGAUUUUUUUUAUUUCAUUUUUAUACAUAAGUAUUUGUUAAUCAAACUGAGACUAGGACUAAAAUCUUUAUAUCAUAUUUAAUAACCCCAUAAAAAAUAAUAUGUGCCUAAGAGAUUUUGUCCAUAUUAAAGUACAGUUAUUGACAUAAAAAUGUAUAAACGAAUCGUUUUGAGUUACCUAAUAUAUGUUGAGUGUUUACGUCUGAGUGUUAAACAGAAAGUAUUUUUAUACGACUGUAUAAUAGUUUACCCGUAAGAUGAUUACUUAUUCAUAUCAGUGAAAUCGGAAGCAAUAUACCUAGUAACUUGAGUGACAUGCCACAUAUAUAUCUAUUUAUAUACCCAGUACAUAGACCGCAUAGCGUCCUCUGAUUCUGAUUGGUGGAUCACCACUACAUAAUAAAUAUAACAUCGCUAAUAGUUUGAAGUAACCAACGAGUGAGCGAGGCUCCUAGGAUUUGAACAAAAAGCCGUUACACAUUUAAUUUGAUUAAUACAUGUUUAUAUACGGAUCCAGUUUUAAUCCAGUUGCUGGCUUAAUGUAAAUUAAGCCGAGUAAAAUUUGCGAGAAAUAUGAGACGCUGUCAAAAUGAACUCAACCCGUGCGCAGCGCUUUGCGCCGCGACCCGUCACACGUGCUUAUAUAUCAUGCCUUAUGAUAAAUAAAUAGUCUGCAUAUUGUGUAAAGAGGAUAGUUUAUUGUUUACCAUGUUUUCAAUGCAAUCAAUUUACCUACGCGAAGUGUGCAGUGAAGUAAUUAAAACAAUUGCAAAUAUUGAUAGAAAUCUUUAGUCAUAUAUCUAUCUAAUAGUUUAUUUACAGAUACAAACAUUUUUUUUUUCAAUAUCUCGUAAAUUAUAAAGAGAACACUCGACUUAUGACUUAGCUUAUCGUAUUGACAUUGCACUUGUAUAUUUAAUAUAUAUAUAUAUAUUUUUUAAUAUAAAUCUUAGUAAAACUAUGUCUAAGUUUUUAUUUAAGAAUUAGAGGGCCGUAUAUGUGGGCUUACUAAUCGCUCGUAUUUAAAAAAAAAACCUAAGUUAGUACCUAAUAAUAUAUUUUUUUACCAGUAUCGCUAAGUUGCAAGUUAUAUAUGUCAUGAAUACAGGCUUGGUUUCCACUGGGACUUGUAAAUAUUUGUCAAAGAAUCAGUUCGACAAUACGUAGUAUCAAAGUGGAUAAUAAAAAUGCUGCGACGCAAAUAAAAAUGUGCCACACGAUUUAAACACGUAAGAAAGUAGUAUUGGAAACGGCAACUAUGAAAGUUUGUGAUUUUGUUGAAAUAUAAAUUAGUGAACAAUAAAAUUGUGAAAUUAUUAUAUCUUCUUACGACUUGGCUGACAUAAAUGAUUCAAAUUUUAUUGAAACUAUAAGUACACUUAGCUUAUGGUUUGAUACAAUCUGAAGGAAAAACAUACUUAGUGAAUAUCACGUCGCUUACGUACCUCUAUAUAUAGUGUAGAUCAGUGCCACAAAGUUAUAUAACUCAUACAAUAUUCAUAAAAUAGUUUUAUUUUUUCUAGUCUUAUCUUGUAGCCCCACUGCUGGGAGAAGCCUUCCCAUUUAUGCUACCAUAACUAUCGAUCCAAUGUUUAGAAAAUAAAAAAUAAAAGUUUAAUUAAGCCACAAAUGUUAUUUAAGUACGUAGAAGCGGAUUCAACCCUAAUAACUUUUAUCCCUGUGGAUGAUAAAAAAUAAUUUUUACAUAUAUAUACAUACAUUUUCGAUUAUUAUUUUUUUACGAUUGUGUAAUUUUGUGGCUCUGGGAAAUAAAUUCGCGAGCCUGAAAGGCUUAUAUUAUUUUUAUUUCUGUUGUUUUUUUUUUGUUUUCUAAAUGCGCUUGACCGCUGAACUCUUGACGGAGAUUCGUUAUAUAGUUGUGUUUGUUUUGUACUCAGUUUACCUUUCGUCUUCCAGGAGUUUUGAUAUUGUCUUGAAUUACGUUUAUGAUCUAGAUGCGUAGAUCUCUCUCCAAAACUACCUUUAAAAUUUCACAAUGAAAUUAAUGAGGGGCGGCUGUAGCAGGUACAGUCAACAGCACAUAAAGCUAUUCAAAAUCAUUACAAAUCCUCUGUACUUACAUAUGUAGGGGUAUUUUGAAAUGCAGUUGACUGUAAAUUAUGUUUACACUGUAUCAAAUAAUAUUAAACCCACUUGAUGUAUUAAAUGCAAUAAAUGUAAUCACUAACCGUUACCUUAGUGGCGUAAACUUGUUGAAUAUACCAUAAAUCAUGAAUUCAAAAAACAGUACGCCAGUCUCCACGCUACUCCUCGAGAAUUUCCUUUUGAAAAUUGAAAGGCAAAAAAAAAAUACCAUAAAAAUAUUUAGAAUAAGAACAAGCCAGGUUUUGGUACCUUAAUAUGUAUUUUUUUUUGUUUUUAUACUUGCAAUUAAGUCUGUCCUAAUGUAAAGAAAUAUCAGUUUACUUUGUCUUGAACUCUCAAACGCAGUUAAGUCCGGCGGCUUGAAGACGACAAGCCAAUAUAACAUUUGAGAUAAGCCUAUGCAAGGUUCUACAUAAAUCGAUGUACCUCCUUUUGUACGGUUAAGUAAUUCGAAAUAACUAAUACAAAAGUAAUAUAUUAUA